GAUGGAUUUUAAGCGGCGACAAGGACCAGGCCCUGGGGUGCCCCCAAAACGGGCUCGUGGGGGUCUCUGGGAUGAGGACGAGCCAUCGCAAUUUGAGGAGAACUUGGCGUUGCUGGAGGAGAUAGAGGCUGAGAAUCGGCUGCAGGAGGCAGAGGAGGAGCUGCAGCUGCCCCCACAGGGCCCUGCAGGUGGGCAGUUUUCCACUGCAGACAUUGACCCACGCUGGAAGCGGCCCGCCCUGUGUGCCCUGGAUCCCAACACGGAGCCCCUCAUCUUCCAGCAGCUAGAGAUUGACCACUAUGUUGGCUCAGCUGUGCCACUGCCAGGAGGACCCCCAACGUCCUGUAAUUCAGUGCCCAUACUACGGGCCUUUGGGGUGACUGAUGAGGGCUUCUCCGUCUGCUGCCAUAUCCAUGGCUUUGCACCCUACUUCUACACCCCUGCACCUCCCGGUUUUGGGGCCGAGCACCUGAGUGACCUGCAGCGAGAGCUGAGCACAGCCAUCAGCCGGGACCAGCGUGGUGGGAAGGAGCUGUCGGGGCCAGCAGUGCUGGCCAUAGAGCUGUGCUCCCGUGAGAGCAUGUUUGGGUACCAUGGUCACGGCCCCUCUCCAUUUCUCCGCAUCACCCUGGCGCUACCCCGCCUUGUGGCACCAGCCCGCCGCCUCCUGGAACAGGGUAUCCGUGUGCCAGGCCUGGGUACCCCAAGCUUCGCACCCUAUGAGGCCAACGUGGACUUUGAGAUCCGGUUCAUGGUGGAUGCUGACAUCGUGGGCUGCAACUGGUUGGAGCUCCCAGCUGGGAAGUAUGUUUGGAGGACAGAGAAGAAGGCUACACAGUGCCAGCUGGAGGUGGAUGUGUUGUGGUCAGAUGUCAUCAGUCACCCACCAGAAGGGCAGUGGCAGCGUAUUGCGCCCCUUCGUGUACUUAGCUUUGACAUCGAGUGUGCUGGCCGCAAAGGCAUCUUCCCUGAGCCGGAGCGUGACCCUGUGAUCCAGAUCUGUUCCCUGGGGCUGCGGUGGGGAGAACCAGAGCCGUUCUUGCGCCUGGCACUCACACUGAGGCCCUGUGCACCCAUCCUUGGUGCCAAAGUGCAGAGCUAUGAGCGGGAAGAAGACCUGCUCCAGGCCUGGGCCAACUUCAUCCUUGCCAUGGAUCCUGAUGUGAUAACUGGCUAUAAUAUUCAGAACUUUGACCUCCCAUACCUCAUCUCGCGCGCGCAAACCCUGAAGGUGGACCGCUUCCCUUUCCUGGGCCGAGUGACUGGUCUCCGCUCCAACAUCCGAGAUUCCUCCUUCCAGUCGAGGCAGGUGGGCCGGCGGGACAGUAAGGUGGUCAGCAUGGUGGGUCGAGUUCAGAUGGACAUGCUGCAGGAGCAGACACGCCGCCGCCUGGCCGUGUACUGCCUGAAGGACGCCUUCCUGCCACUUCGGCUGCUUGAGCGCCUUAUGGUGCUGGUGAACAAUGUAGAAAUGGCGCGUGUCACGGGUGUGCCCCUUGGAUACCUGCUCAGCCGGGGCCAACAGGUCAAGGUCGUGUCUCAGCUGCUGCGCCAGGCCAUGCGCCAGGGGCUCCUGAUGCCUGUGGUGAAGACUGAGGGCGGUGAGGACUACACGGGAGCCACUGUCAUUGAGCCCCUUAAAGGGUACUAUGACGUCCCCAUUGCCACCCUGGAUUUCUCCUCUCUGUACCCAUCCAUCAUGAUGGCCCAUAAUCUGUGCUACACCACACUGCUACGGCCCGGGGCUGCCCAGAAGUUGGGCCUUAAACCAGAUGAGUUCAUCAAGACACCCACUGGAGAUGAGUUUGUGAAGUCAUCUGUGCGGAAGGGCCUCCUGCCCCAGAUCCUGGAGAAUCUGCUGAGUGCCCGGAAGAGGGCCAAGGCUGAGCUGGCUCAGGAGACAGACCCCUUGCGGCGGCAGGUCUUGGAUGGACGGCAGCUGGCACUGAAAGUGAGUGCCAACUCUGUGUAUGGCUUCACUGGUGCCCAGGUGGGCAAGCUGCCAUGUUUGGAGAUCUCUCAGAGUGUCACUGGGUUCGGGCGGCAGAUGAUUGAGAAAACCAAGCAACUAGUGGAGUCCAAGUACACCCUGGAAAAUGGCUACAAUGCCAAUGCCAAGGUGGUCUAUGGUGACACUGACUCUGUGAUGUGCCGAUUUGGUGUCUCCUCUGUGGCUGAGGCAAUGUCUCUGGGUCGAGAGGCUGCAAACUGGGUAUCUAGUCACUUCCCAUCACCCAUCCGACUGGAGUUUGAGAAGGUUUACUUCCCAUACCUGCUCAUCAGCAAGAAGCGCUAUGCUGGCCUGCUCUUCUCCUCCCAGCCUGAUACCCAUGACAGAAUGGACUGCAAGGGCCUGGAGGCUGUGCGCAGGGACAACUGUCCCCUGGUGGCCAACCUUGUUACAUCCUCUCUGCGACGAAUCCUUGUGGACCGGGAUCCCGAUGGGGCAGUGGCCCAUGCAAAGGAUGUGAUCUCAGACCUGCUGUGUAACCGCAUAGACAUCUCCCAGCUGGUCAUCACCAAGGAGCUGACCCGAGCAGCCGCAGACUAUGCUGGCAAGCAGGCUCAUGUGGAACUGGCUGAGAGGAUGAGGAAGCGUGACCCCGGCAGUGCGCCCAGCUUGGGUGACCGCGUCCCCUAUGUGAUCAUCGGUGCUGCCAAAGGCGUGGCUGCCUACAUGAAGUCGGAGGACCCCCUGUUUGUGCUGGAACACAGCCUGCCCAUCGACACUCAAUACUACCUGGAGCAGCAGCUGGCCAAGCCACUGCUGCGCAUUUUUGAGCCCAUUCUGGGUGAGGGCCGUGCAGAGUCUGUGCUGCUCCGAGGAGACCACACACGCUGCAAAACCGUGCUCACCAGCAAGGUUGGUGGCCUCCUAGCCUUCACCAAGCGCCGCAACUGUUGCAUUGGCUGCCGCUCAGUGAUCAACCAUCAGGGAGCUGUGUGUGAAUUCUGUCAGCCCCGAUCGUCAGAGCUCUAUCAGAAGGAGGUGUCACACCUGAAUGCCUUGGAGGAACGCUUCUCGCGCCUCUGGACACAGUGCCAGCGUUGCCAGGGCAGCUUGCAUGAGGACGUCAUCUGCACCAGCCGCGACUGUCCCAUCUUCUACAUGCGCAAAAAAGUGCGCAAGGACCUGGAGGACCAGGAGCGGCUGCUGCAGCGUUUUGGACCUCCGGGCCCCGAGGCCUGGUGACUCGACGAGGGACACGGAAUAAAGUUCAGACUUUUUGCUACUGA